AUGGAGCCAACAAACAUUCCAGAAGAGAAUCCAAAAAGUGACCACGAUCCAAAUGAUCCUUUUUUGAUCAAGAGAGGCAAGUGGGCCAACAAGAGAGAGUUUAUUCUGGCAGUGGUUGGAGAAAUCAUCGGUCUAGGGAAUGUCUGGAGAUUUCCUUAUCUCUGCUUCAAGAAUGGCGGUGGUGCCUUCUUGGUGCCAUAUGUGGUGUUCCUGCUGACCUGUGCGGUCCCCAUCUUCUUCCUCGAGUUGUCUUUGGGACAGUUGACCGGUCAAGGGGGAAUCACAUGCUGGAGAAAAAUAUGUCCCUUACUUGAAGGUAUAGGGUAUGGCAGUAUAGUGGUCAUGCUGUAUACAGUAAUGUAUUACAUCGUCAUUCUGGCAUGGGCCUUCCUCUACUUCUUCUCCUCCUUCCAGUCUGAACUCCCCUGGGCCAGCUGUAACAAUACAUGGAACACAGGUGACUGUGUUGAUAACCGAAAAAGUAAUUCAGCAAAUAUCAGCAUUUCUGUAAAUGUGACAUCUUCCGUUGAAGAAUUCUGGCAGAAGAGGAUCCUGAGUCUAUCUGGAGGCAUCGAGGAAAUGGGAAGUAUUCGUUGGGACCUGGCCGGAUGUCUUGUGCUCAGCUGGAUUAUGUGUUACUUCUGUGUCUGGAAAGGUGUUAAGUCUUCAGGAAAGGUUGUCUACUUCACAGCACCAUUUCCCUAUGUGAUGAUGAUUGCUUUGGUGGUCCGUGGUCUGACCUUACCAGGGGCCAUGGAUGGAAUUCGAUUUUACCUCUCUCCUGAUCCCACACGUCUGUCUGAGCCACAAGUGUGGAUGGAUGCAGUGAGCCAAACAUUUUACUCCUAUGCUGUCUGUACGGGCUGUUUGGCAUCGUUGGGAAGUUACAACAACUACAAUAACAACUGCUACAAAGACACAUUUGCACUGUGCAUCCUGAACACUUUAACCAGCCUUGUCGCUGGCUUUGCAGUAUUCUCGGUUCUUGGCUUUAUGUCAUAUGAGCUGGGUAUUGACAUCUCGGAAGUAGCUGAAUCAGGUCCAGGCCUGGCAUUCAUUGCUUACCCUCAGGCAGUAGCCAUGAUGCCUUUACCACAACUCUGGGCUGCCUUCUUUUUCAUAAUGAUUAUCUUCCUGGGACUAGACAGUCAGUUUGUUUAUCUUGAAGCAUUGGUUACAUCCAUAUCAGAUCUGUACCCAUCCAUCUUUUUCACUGGACACCGACGUAAAAUACUGCUCCUGGGUCUGUGCGGUAUUUCCUUUUGUGUCGGCUUCUGUAUGGUUACUGAGGGAGGACUGUAUGUGUUUCACCUUUUUGACUAUUAUGCCUGCGCCGGCAUCCCCCUGAUCACUUUUGGCAUAGUGGAGUCCCUUUGCAUAGGAUGGAUAUAUGGUGCUGAUAAUUAUUAUAAUUAUAUCACAGAUAUGAUUGGCUAUCGGCCUUCACUUUAUCUGAAAUAUUGUUGGAAGUUUGUCACUCCAUUAUUGUUGACUGGCGUAUUAGUACUCUUCUUUCUUGUGAAAUUCAGCCCUUUGAAGUACAAUAAUACCUACUUGUACCCCUGGUGGGCACAUGCUCUGGGACUAUUACUUGCAUUCUCUUCCGUUAUCAUGAUUCCUCUGUGGAUUCUCUACAGUGUCGCUAAAAGUCCAGGAUCACUCCCUCAGAUAAUAAGAACGUUGACGACGCCAACAAGCAGAUCACUGCGUGUCAGCGAACAAGUCUGA